UUGGAGCCUAUCCCUUGCCGCUAUACUCAGUUCCUGCGAAAUAGACCAAUCGGAGAGACUUUUAUACUGACGUACGUCUUUCAACUUUGUCGCGGGAACCAACCAGGAAGUGUGUCGUACUGGGUUUAUUUGAUGAUUAAAAAUGAAGCUGUCUCGAGCGGAAUACAAAGAGAUUGUAAAAUGCACUGAACAUCUGAGACCCACUCGUCAGUGUAUGAAGAUCCUGAAGGAAAGAUUUCCAAAUCACUCCCAGUCCACUCUUCUGAGCAUCUUCUCCCUGGAGUACCAGAAAAGAACCAAAAGAACAAUAUCAAGGCAUCAUUCCCAGGACGUCAUUGAAAGCUACUACCAAAGGUACCUGAGUGAAGCCAAGGCCCAUCCCACUGACCCUGUGCUGUUGGAGCUAGCCAAUGAGGUAAACCUUUCCCCCGCGCUCAUGGCCCGUGUCAUCCUGGACAGGUUCCUUCAGGAUCGGGAGGGAGGGGCGGCCUCCAAGCAGGUCCUCACCAGCAUGCUACGGGAGCCAUCUUUGAUUUCAGACCAGACUUUAGCCAAUAACGUCUACCAGUGUACAAUAAAUGACUGCUGUUAUGGACCACUGGUGGACUGCAUCAAACAUGCGAUUGGUCAGGAGGCAGAGGUGCUUCUACGAUAUAAACUAAAGGAGAGAAACCUGUCAUUUCUAGAUGAAAACCAACUGAGAGCCAAAGGCUAUGACAAGACGCCUGACAUUAUCCUGGAGGUUCCAAUCGUUGUGGAGGGCCAUAUCGUCCACUGGAUUGAGAGCAAGGCCUCGUUCGGCGAUGACCACAGCCAUCGCACCUACCUGAACGAGCAGUUCUGGAGCUAUUGGAACCGGUUCGGCCCGGGGCUGGUCAUCUACUGGCACGGCUUCAUCGGAGAGCUGGACUGCCAGAGAGACAGAGGCAUACUGCUCAAAGACUGCUUCCCCUCGGACAUUGUCACCCUGUGCCACGGGCCCGGAUCAGCCACCACCGACCGACCCACUGACUGAGCGAUUGACACUGUCUCAUGGGGGGGGGGGGGGGGGGGCAUGUGUGGGGCUGUUAAGGAAGGUGUGGUGGUGGACAUGCGGAUCCGGAAGCAAUUUAGCUUUCCUGCGCAGGACUACAGCCAGCAUGUGCCCUGAACUCCAGAUGAACCCCCACCCCUCCCCGCCUCCCUCCGCCAGCCAGCACAGGGUCAGGCUCAUACCUUGGUGUGAAAACAAAGCGGGCGGUCCAUCCUGGUUCUGGUCAGCCUUUGCCCCCCCCCCCCCACCCCCCCCUGCUGGAGUCCCGGUCGAUGUGGACAGGAACAGAGUCAGGCCAGGACGUGGCCUUGUCACACGGUGGGGGCCUGGCCCUCCUCAUUAGUCCCUCCCCUCUUCAUAGGCUGAUAAGGGAGGCGGGGUUUGGGGAGGACAACGUCACUCGCCUCCCUCUCUGUCACUCGGCAGGGGGUCAUCGGGUCACUUCUGAUCCGCUCGGGUUUUCUCUGACUUCUUGUUUUCAGGAUGUUUUCUGGCUUGUGUUAUGAUUGGAGGAACAUUGUCCUGUUCCAAAAUAUGGAAACUGUAUCUGUGUUUGUUUUUUUAUUUCUGUCUUAAAGAUGUAGCUUUGAUUGACGUCAUGUUGGGUCGGGCGCUGUGGAAUUAUUCCAAAAGAAUUAGGUAGUCAUGGCAGUCACACAAAGCACACCGUGUGCAGUAUGCAGGGUCCAGUGUGGUCUUCUAGCCACAGCGCAACAAUCCUCUAAUAACUAUUCCCAAACCACCCUGGUGUCACUCAUCCUCCACCCUGGUGUCACUCAUCCUCCACCCUGGUGUCACUCAUCCUCCACCCUGGUGUCACUCAUCCUCCACCCUGGUGUCACUCAUCCUCCACCCUGGUGUCACUCAUCCUCCACCCUGGUGUCACUCAUCCUCCACCCUGGUAAAUCUUCAUCAUCCUUCCUGGUUGAUGUUCAUCCUCUACCCUGGUCAAUCUUCAUCAUCCUUCCUGGUUGAUGUUCAUCCUCCACCCUGGUCAAUCUUCAUCAUCCUUCCUGGUUGAUGUUCAUCCUCCAACUUGGUCAAUCUUCAUCAUCCUUCCUGGUUGAUGUUCAUCCUCUACCCUGGUCAAUCUUCAUCAUCCUUCCUGGUUGAUGUUCAUCCUCUACCCUGGUCAAUCUUCAUCAUCCUUCCUGGUUGAUGUUCAUCCUCUACCCUGGUCCUGCUCAUCCUCCAUUUUACUAUGUAACAAGGACAAAAAACAUCCUCAAACUGUGAUUAAAUAAAAUAAAAUAUUGAAAAAUGUUGUUUAUGGCAAUAGUUAAUAUUGGGGUUACAAUGAUGGCUAGGUAUGUUUAGUAAUUACCGGUUAGGUUUAGGAUUAGUUAUAAAUGCGAGGUUAUUGAGGGUGAGUUUGGGGUAUGGAUUAAUAAGUGUUGUAUUUUCUCUCAACAUUGACAUCCCCAUUUAGGUUGUAAGCGUUUAUGUUCACAUGCUCAGGUGUGUGUCAGUGCAGGGCUACAGUGAUGUGGCGAUUUACUUUACUAAUUACAUUAUCCUUACACGAAUAAUGUGUCCAUGGAAAAUGUGUCCAUGUCAUUUCACUGGUCCAAAAGAGGAAAUUGACAAUUUCCUGCUUAGGGGUUAGGUUUAGGAUUAAAGUUAAAAUUUGGGGAAAGGUUGGGGGAAAAGGAAUAAUGUCGGUCCCCAUAAGAAUGGUAAAGUCUUAAGCGUGUAUGUGGGAUAGAGGGGGCGGGGUGCUUAGCAGUGAAGUGUUUUAUGAUUUGUUACCAUUAAACCUCUGACCUUUAGCCGGCUCCCAUUUAUGCCUGGGUCCUGCCAUAAGGAGGCCGGAGGUUUGUGGCUGGGUCGCAGGUUGGCUUCCUCAGUCAGGUCCACAGCCCCCUGCUCCAACCCAGAAUCCUAAUACAAAACAACUCUCCCCAGGUGUCCAGUUAAACAGCCUUAUUGCCAGGCCUUGGAAUGCUUAGGCAUCACUUUACAGCUCCUCUCGGACACAAAAACAUUUUUUUUUUCCAGAACUGAGGGGGGAACAUUUUACGGAGCUGCAAAGAAAGAAUUAAAAAGAAAAAAAACUGUAAACAGCAGAUUCAGUUCCUCUCAGGUUUCAAGCCUUCCUGCCAUUGUUUCCCAAGAUGACUGUCGCACAAAAGAGGAGCUGGGGUCAACCCCUAUAAAUUAGUUUCUGUACACAAUGCUAAGCCAAAAAGCGUUUUCUUUUUUUUUAACCCCGCUUCAAAGGCAAUGGGGUCGACACAGGCGUCAGAUGGAGAGAUUCCAUGAUUCGAGAACACAUUUAGAUAAAGGUUCCAUCGGGUGAUUUUGUGAAAGUUGACGUCUUUGUUUUGUUUUUAGUGCCCUUGUCUAGUCUGCCAUCUCUUUUUAGAUUCGUCGUUCUGGUCACAACAAUGGGGUAGUGAAACGGCUCUGGAGUGGAGCGGUGAAAUCUGGCUUUCCUUCUGGUGGAUGAGACGAGGUCCUCUUGCAUUGUGAAUGACAUGGACAAGUCUUUGCUGUGGAGGUUCAGAGUUUUCUUUUCUGUAAAGGAUUUCCUGUGUUGAUCCAUAAAUUGUAUUUAAUUCUACUUUGUGUGAAAUGCUUGUGCGUUUUACUGGAUAUCUAACAGUGUUGAUGUGUGCUGAGGAUACUAUGUGUCAGUGUGGUUUUCCAAACCUCUGCCUGGCUGGUCAGUUCGGGCCCGCAGGCCAAUAUAGGUCUACAAUAAAGAGAGCUGUGUCUUGGCCUGAUAUAUCCUCUCCUACCAAGCUGCCAGACUUCUGAAUCAAAAAGAGGGUGCGGGAGAAGGAAAUAGAGGUGUAGGUUCCCUCCUUCCAGAAGAGCAGAUGUUCGGACCACCAAACUGACUUCCUCAGCGGUCCUUGGUUAUUUAUGGUGAGGGAGUCCUAGCCUGGACCUGCCCAAGGCAACGAGCUCCUCUUCCAGGGGAGCCGCCGUCUGCUCGGACUCUCCCCACCAGGAAGACUUCCACUGCUGGUGGAAAUAAAUAAAGGUUCAGACUGGCCCAGGCUUUCCUAGAUUAGAAACAUGUUUCAGAGGGUCGAGUAACAUCCAGGGAGUCGCUACUUCCUUCGCAGACCUCCAGUAGAAGCUGAUGUAUUGAGCAGAUAAUUUUUUUCCUCUCCCAUGUUUGUUCGGUAACAGCCUGUAAUUAAACUGCUAUUCGAAGAGCCACAGCGAACCGUGUAAAAGGCUACAAGUCGAGGUUUUUAAAUGGGCAGUGGGGGGGAGAUCUGACUGACAGGUUAUGGGUUAUGAUAAGUGUUUAUUGGAAAGCCGGAUCACUGUAGCCCAUCCUGGCUGAGCUGUUGAAUGGGAGGUGUGUACGAGUCACUGACAUAGUGGGACAAGCCGAGAGAGUCUUCAGCUUUGGGGGAGAAACUUCAGAGUGGCGCCCUUCAAAAGGUAUUCCUGAAAUGACUGGCGAUCACGUGCACCUCGAUGCUAGGCUGACUAACGCUCGGACAGCCACACGUAACCCAGUUUCUGUGGCAGCCUUAAAUGAGCUGCGUGGAGUAUCGGAUUAAGCUGUUCUGGUAACACAAGUCCCUUCCCGUUAAGAGUGACUGCCUGGUCGUGGAAACCGAAAAGUGUCUUGGGUUAGGAUACUGUGUUGGAAGGUUGGAAGGUGAUGACCGGGUCUUCUUGCUAAGUGAGGUAUUGCGUUUUAACUUGAGUGCCCAUUUGUUAAAAGUCUAUGCUUGAGGUGUAGCUGUGACUUUGAAGAAACCCAAGGCGCAUAUUUGGAGUGGUUUCGUGUGCCAUGUGAUCUGCGUUGGGUCAAUAGGCGUCGUUAAGGGCCCUGACGUGGUUCAGGUCGAAGCUGAUAGGGCUAGCGUCAGCCGUAUUUACAUUAGCUAUACAUGCCUGUCGGCUGUGAUUUGCUCCCCUCGCUGUAAAUUGAAUUGACAUUGGUGAAAAAGAAAGAAGAGGAGCAGGACAGAAAGAGGCCUUUGAGUGGAGUGGUGGAAAGAGGCCUUUGAGUGGAGGGUU